AUGGCGUCGUUGCUGAGGUCGCGAGUUUCUGUACAAACUUUAAACUUAUCACGCCAAUGUUUGUCAGCCCUAACUGAGCGAUGUCAAAGUACACAGCAAUCCUACCCUAAAAUUACCACACAUUAUACAGUUUACCCUAGAGAUAAAGAUCCAAGAUGGAAAGAUAUUGAUUUUGAGAGGUUUGCAGAUGAAGCUGAUGUAGUAAUAGUGGGAGGAGGACCAGCUGGUUUAUCAGCUGCUAUCAGACUCAAACAGUUAGCCAAUGACCAAAGCAAGGAGUUACGGGUUUGUCUGGUGGAAAAAGCGGCUGAAAUAGGAGCUCACACUCUAUCAGGAGCCUGUCUGGAACCACACGCUCUGGAAGAAUUAUUUCCAGACUGGAAAGAGAGAGGAGCACCACUUAAAACACCAGUAAAAACUGACAGAUUUUCAUUUUUAACUGAAAAAGGUCGUUUUAAUAUUCCUGUUUUACCAGGAAUGCCGAUCUAUAACCAUGGUAACUAUAUAGUUAGAUUAGGUAAUGUAGUACGCUGGCUGGGAGAACAGGCAGAGGAACUCGGUGUAGAAAUCUAUCCUGGAUAUGCUGCUUCAGAGGUUUUGUACCAUGAAGAUGGAAGUGUAAAAGGAAUAGCCACAAAUGAUGUUGGAAUAGCCAAGGAUGGAUCUCCUAAGGAUAUGUUUGAAAGAGGUAUGGAAUUACAUGCCAAAGUGACAAUGUUUGGUGAAGGUUGCCAUGGUCACUUAGCUAAACAACUUUAUAAUACAUUAGACCUUCGUAAAGAUUGUCAACCACAGACUUAUGGGAUAGGAUUAAAGGAAUUAUGGGAAAUUGAUCCAGCCAAACACGAUCCUGGAAGAGUUGAACACACUGUCGGCUGGCCUUUUGAUAAGAAUACCUACGCUGGGACAUUUUUAUAUCAUCUGGGAGAAGACGCACCUCUAGUAUCUGUUGGAAUGGUGGUGGGUCUGGAUUAUUCCAAUCCUUACAUCAGUCCAUUCAAAGAAUUCCAGAGAUUUAAGCACCAUCCAUCAAUAGAACCAAUAUUCAGGGGUGGAAAGAGAAUUGGGUACGGCGCCAGAGCUUUGAAUGAAGGUGGAUUUCAGAGUUUACCGAAGUUGACCUUUCCUGGUGGUUGUCUGAUUGGCUGCAGCCCUGGCUUUAUGAACGUACCAAAGAUUAAAGGUACCCAUAAUGCAAUGAAGAGUGGUAUGGUAGCCGCAGAAUCAGUAUUCGAAACAAUUUUCAGCGAAGAUUUAGUGGCUAAAUCACCAACUAUAGGAUUGAACCCCGAGAGUUAUGAAGAGAAUAUAAGAAAUAGUUGGGUGUGGACAGAAUUAAAAGCUGUCAGAAAUGUUCGGCCAUCGUUCAAUACACCACUAGGAGUAUACGGAGGUUUCCUUUAUACUGGUAUCUUCUAUUGUUUAUUCCGAGGAAAAGAACCCUGGACAUUCAAACAUGGAGAACCAGAUAAUGAGAAAAUAAAACCAGCUAAUGAAUGUAAAGUUAUAGAAUAUCCCAAACCAGACGGAGAAGUCAGUUUUGAUAUUUUGACGUCUGUUGCGUUGACUGGUACAAACCAUGAUCACGAUGAACCUAUACAUCUUACAUUGAAAGAUGAUCAUGUACCUGUCGAUGUAAAUUUAACAUUAUACGAUGGCCCUGAACAAAGAUUCUGUCCUGCUGGUGUAUAUGAAUAUGUAGACACUGAAGAUGGACAGGGCAAACGCUUACAGAUAAAUGCUCAGAACUGUAUACACUGUAAAACUUGUGAUAUCAAAGAUGUCACUCAAAACAUCAACUGGGUUUGUCCACAGGGAGGGGAGGGGCCAGCUUAUAAUGGUAUGUGAAAAUCGAAAUGUCAAUCAAUCUAUCAAGCCUCAGGGAGGGAGGAGCCUUUCUUGCAUGAGAGAAUGAAAAAAUGUGGUGUGCUUUAUCUUAAGAAUGACAGUUCUAGUGUGUUAAAAAUUAUCCCCUUAUUUUAUUGAAUGGACUCUUCCAAACAUGCUUUGUUAUGACAUUAAUAUGCAUAUGUGGAAGAGUACAAUGUUUAAGGGGGAAGUCAAGUCAACAUGAACUCUAUAUUUAUCAACAACUAACUGGCUUGUGUGUGGAAUGUGUGAUGUGAAAAAAACAUUUGUGAAGAUUUAUUUAUCAAUUCUAGAUCUCAUUCUUCCAAAAUGUCUGAAAUUGAUAAUUAUGAAACACAUGAACAAAAUUCAAAACAGUUUAGAUUUGUUUUUUACCUUUAGCUUAUUCUAUUGCAAUCUGUUUUAAAUUAGACCAAACUUUCAUUCCUUUUAUGAGCUUUGAUUAUUAAUUCAGCCAUUCUGCCAAGCAUCACAGUGAUUCAGAAUAGGCUUAUUGUUAUCUAUACACUUCAACUGUUAUGGUGUAUAUUUGUUGAAUUUUGCAAAGUUUAGUUUGUUAUUUUGAAGGUUUAUUGAGCAUGGUACAUUUGCCUGGUAUUGUUAGUAAAAAAAAAAAAUCAUUGUUUCCAUACAAUAGCAGUCUUUUUUGUUUUGAGGUAGAACAGGUAUUCAAAUCUUCAUUGAGUCUAUAUCUACUUAUUCUGCCUGACAAUACUAGAGACUUUUAGUUUGUUUAUGUUGAGAAAUAUCACUGAAUGUGAUACAUAAUUUCUACCAGAAACUAAAUGGGUGUGUAUUAUACAACCAUGCACGUUAUAUAUGCAAUUGUACAGUAUUAGGUAACAAGACUUUAUGAUACAAGACUUGAAAGAUACUUAGAAGUGAUGAGUACAUGAGCUUAUUUCCAUAACACUGUCUUGUGUUUGCGAUAAGUCUUUAUGAGCCUAAUAUUAUGUAUAUAAGUGAGAAAGAGUGAGUUGUGUGUACAGUUAUAUUAAUUUAUAAAUGUUAGGCAAUAAAUUUGUAAAAUAUGUU